CCCCCAGCGUCCCGUAGCCAUGACGACGGCCCUGCAGGAUUCCCUGGUGUGGAAGCUGGCGGGGCUGCUGCGGCAGUCCGGGGACGUGGUCCUGUCCGGCUGCAGCACUCUGAGCCUGCUGACUGUCACCCUGCAGCAGCUGAACCGCGUGUUUGAGCUGCACUUGGGGCCAUGGAGUCCCGGACAGACAGGCUUCGUGGCUCUGCCCUCUCACCCCGCAGACUCCCCCAUCAUUCUCCAGCUUCAGUUCCUCUUCGAUGUGCUACAGAAAACACUUUCACUCAAGUUGGUCCAUGUCCCUGGUCCUGGACCCCCAGGACCCAUCAAGAUUUUUCCUUUCAAGUCCCUGCGGCAUCUGGAGCUCCAGGGUGUCCCCCUCCACUGCCUGCGUGGCCUCCGUGGCAUCUACUCCCAGCUGGAGACCCUGAUUUGCAGCCGGAGCAUCCAGGCAUUGGAGGAGCUCCUCUCGGCCUGUGGUGGUGACCUCUGCUCUGCCCUCCCGUGGCUGGCUCUGCUCUCUGCCAACUUCAGCUACAACUCCCUGGCUGCCUUAGACAACUCCCUGCAUCUCUUGUCAGCUGUGCGUGUCUUGAACCUGAGUCACAAUCAAGUCCAGGCUUGUGAGGACUUUCUGAUGGACCUAUCUGAGCUCUGCCAUCUGGACAUCUCCUAUAACUACCUGCACUUGGUACCCAGAUUGGGAGCCUCAGGGGCAGCGCUGAGGACCCUGAUACUGCGAGGCAAUGAGCUCCGGAGCCUGCUCGGUGUUGAGCAGCUGCGGAACCUGCGGCAUCUGGACGUGGCCUACAACCUGCUGGAGGGGCACCAGGACCUGUCACCACUCUGGCUGCUGGCCGAGCUCCGGAAGCUCUACCUGGAGGGGAACCCUCUGUCGUUCCACCCUGCUCACAGAGUGGCCACUGCGCAGUCCUUGUCACCCCGAGCCAGGGACGCGGUACCCGGGUUCCUCCUCGAUGGUGAGAUCCUAUCACUCACUGAUUUUCAGGCCUCCACCUCUUCAGGGCUUUGCUCUGAGGCACCCCCUGUUCCCUGGCCCAUUGGGAGUACCCCUGAGACUUCAGGUGGUGCCGACUUGAGUGACAGCCCUUCUUCUGGGGGUGUUAUGGCCCGACCCUUGCUUCGGAAGGUCAAGAGCCGAGUCCGCGUGAGGCGGGCCAGCAUCUCGGAGCCCAGUGAUACGGAUCCAGAACCCCGGACUCGGGACCCCUCCCCAUCUGGCUGGUUUGAACAGCAGCAUCGGGAACUGGAACUCAUGAAUAGCUUCCGGGAGCGGUUUGGCUGUGACUGGCUGCAGUAUAAGAGUCACUUGGAGACCUCUGAGAACCCCCCUGUGGCCACCCCCGAGACGUCUGACCUCAGCCCACUGCCCCUAGAUGCCCCAGACCAGGAGCUUCCUCCUGGCCCUCCAUCUCCAAAGAAAAAAGCCAGCGACUCUGGGGAGUCACCCCAGGAAACGGCAGCAGAGGUCAGGGAGGGGCCGGAGCCCCAGGAGGACCUGGAAGAAGAGGAUGAGAAAGAGGAGGAGCAGGGACAGAACGAAGUGGAAGGGGAGCUGUGUCGCCCUAUGUUGGUAUGUCCCCUGGAGGGGUCCAAGGGUGUCCGCGGCAGGGAACGCUUCCUCCGGGUCACCUCAACCCACCUGUUCGAGGUGGAACUCCAGGCCGCUCGGACCCUGGAACGACUGGAGCUUCAGAGUCUGGAGGCAGCGGAGGUGGAGUCUGAGAGCCAAGGCCUGAGGGAACCAGCAGAUGGCGACUCAGACCCACCUGUUCUCGUGCUGCGUUUCUCCUACAUCUGUCCCAACCGGCAGAUACGCCGCUAUGUGGUCCUGGAGCCUGAUGCCCACGCAGCCGUCCAGGAGCUGCUUGCUGUAUUGACGCCAGUCCCAACCAUUGCUUUGUGUCCUGUUGGAGACUCAGAAGGGCCCCCGGGAGCCAGACUGCAGUGUCUGCGUUGUGGCCAUGAGUUCAAGCCAGAGGAGAGCAGUGUGGGACUGGACGGUGAGGAUGGCUGGAGGCCCCUACUCCAGAAGACGGAUUCCCCUGCUGUGUGUCCCUCCUGUGGUAGUGAUCAUGUGGUCCUCCUGACUGUGACUCCCGCCGGGGAGAGAAGACAGGAAGGGCAGUCCCCAGCUCGCUCUCUUUCGUCCAGCCCUGUGUGUGACUCCUCUGGCCACAGCAACCCCCACAGCAGGGCUGACAGUGUCCCCUCUCAGACGCCAGUCUCCCAGGACCUCGGCAGCUGGAACCUCAGUCCACCCCCUGACCGCUGCGGCCUCCGCGCGGUGGACCACCGGCUGCGGCUCUUCCUGGACGUGGAGGUGUUUGCCGACGCCCAGGAGGAGUUCCAGUGCUGCCUCAAGGUGCCACUGGUUCUGGCAGGCCAUGCAGGGGAGAUGUUGUGCCUCGUGGUGGUGUCUGACCGCAGGCUUUAUGUGUUGAAGGUGACAGAGGAGAUCCGGGGACCUCCUGCUGGCUGGCUCCAGCCGACUCUGGCCGUCCCCCUGCAGGAUCUGAGCAGCAUUGAGCUGGGCCUGGCUGGGCAGAGCUUGCGGUUAGAAUGGGCAGCUGGAGGGGCCAGCUGUGUCCUACUGCCCCGAGAUGCCAAUCAGUGCCAGACCUUCCUGGGGGAGCUGACAGAUGCUGUGCAGUCCCUGCCCCCCUCCUGGAGGAGCUGUGUUCGCACCACGGAGGAGGUGGUGACGCCAGCGCACCGGCUCUGGCCACUGCUGGGUAUGGACUCCUCCUUGGAGUCUCUCCGUUUCUUCUAUCUUCGAGUGUUCCUGAUAGAAGGCCCCUCGACAUGCCCUGUGUCCUUGCUGCUCACGCUGUCCACCCUGUACCUGCUAGAUGAAGACCCUGUGGGGUCCCCUGCAGAGCCCCCUCCUCCAGCAGCAUCCGGCGGAGGGUCGGAGAAGGCCCCUCCCGUGGGACCAGGCCCUGGCGUGGGUGUCCGGGAGCAGCAGCCCGUCAGCAGCCUGAGCUCAGUGCUGCUCUACCGCACAGCCCCGCGGCACCUGCGACUCGUCUUCUAUGACGAGGUGUCUCGACAGGAAAGCUUCUGGACGCUGCGUGUGGUGUGUCCGGAGCAGCUGACGGCGCUGCUGGCCUGGAUCCGGGAGCCCUGGGAGGAGUUGUUUUCUAUCGGGCUCCGGACCGUGACCCACGAGGCCCUGGACUCUGACCGGAGGCAUCAGCGUGAGUGCUGGGGAAGUCGUGUUGGGGACUCGGUGUGUGUCCUGGGGGCCUGGACUCAUGGCAGCUCUCAGGGAAACUUUCCUGCCAGGCGCUGUGCCGGGUCCCUGCUGGUGGCUGCUGCGUACAGCUGUGUGGCUGUUGGCACACGGCUGGGCGAGGCCUUGGUGCCCUUGCCCUCCCUGCAGAACAGCCUCCUGCCCUGGUCUGGGGCCUGCUCAGUUUUUGAGAUGGUGGGCUGGUACUGCUGGCUGAGGAAAGCGGUCAAGGGCAGUGCCAUUUCCCGCUCCACAGCGGUCUGA